AUGAGUCUAAUAUCGAAAUUAAUUGGCAAACGGUACAUUGAACAGGCGGUUCAAUUGUAAGUAUGAUUUUGAAACAAAAGUAUUAUGUUUUUACUUAGAUGUUAAUUUCCUAAGGUUAAAUCUUGAUUUUGUUUAAAUUAUUAUAGAUAUCUGUUUGCAAUACAAAAAAAAAGUAAUCUGUAAAUUUAAUAUUUUAGUGUUCCUAGUGCCGGUUUCUAUGGUGCCACUGGAUUCACCCUCGUGUGCUACUUUACCGACUGGAAAUUACUUUUGCAAUAUGUGCCCUACUACAAUACAAAAUUCCCAAAGGAAGUAAAAAAAUAA